UUCCCCAGCUGAAAGAGAAGACUAGGAGAGCCCGGCUUCAACCGAAUAGGGCUCCAUUACACUGAAUGCACACACUUCAACAGGACAGAACACACAGAAACGGUGCGAUAUUCACACACGGACGGUUUACUAACAGCGGAUAGAGAGAAAAUGUGAAGAUUUUCAGUUGUCACAGUGUUGGAGUUAGUCAACAUAACCGGGAAAGAUGGCGAGGACACAGACUCGCAUGUUUCUCGCCUUGGCUUUGCUGGGAUUUUUCAUCCUCGAUGCCUCGGUGAAAGGAGAGCUGCAGGGAGAGCAACAGGAGGAGGAGGAGAGGUCCUGUCAGGGUGCCUUCGACCUCUAUUUUGUCCUGGACAAAUCUGGAAGUGUGAAGAACCACUGGAUAGAGAUUUACUCCUUUGUGGAGCAGCUGGCGGAGAAGUUCAUCAGCCCCAUGCUGCGGAUGUCCUUCAUAGUGUUCUCCACACGAGGAAACACCAUCAUGAAACUGACGGAGAACAGAGAGGCCAUUACUGGAGGCCUGAGAGCUCUGAGGAGAGUCAUCCCUGGAGGAGACACAUUUAUGAACUUAGGCUUGGAGAUGGCUAACAUUCAGAUUUAUCAAGAAAACCAUGGGACAGCCAGUGUUAUCAUUGCUUUGACUGAUGGAGAACUGAAUGAGUGGCAGUUUGACACAGCUCAGCGAGAGGCAGAGAGGGCCAGGUCUAUGGGAGCCAUUGUUUACUGUGUGGGGGUCAAAGAAUUCAACCAGACCCAGCUGGCUACUAUAGCAGACACCAUGGAGCAUGUGUUUCCUGUAUGGGGAGGCUUCCAGGCUCUCAGGGGAAUCAUCGAUUCGAUAAUCAAGAAGUCGUGCAUCGAGAUCCUGGCAGCAGAGCCGUCCAGUGUGUGUGCAGGAGAGAGUUUCCAAGUGGUGGUGAGAGGAAAUGGAUUUCGCCAUGCCAGAAACACUGACCAGGUCCUCUGCAGCUUCAAACUCAAUGAUUCGUACACUCUAGAUGAGAGGCCAGUUGGAAUAGAGGAUACGUUCCUGCUCUGUCCCGCCCCUGUCAUAGAGGAAGUGGGGAGAGUGAUCUACCUGCAGGUGAGCAUGAAUGAAGGCCUCUCCUACAUCACCAGCUCUGUUCACAUCACUACUACUGAAUGUUUUGAUGGCACCAUUGUGCUGAUCUCAUUGCUGGUGCUGUUCCUGCUGCUGGCUCUGCUGCUGAUGUGGUGGUUCUGGCCUCUCUGCUGCACCGUGGUUAUCAAGGAACCUCCACCACCUCCUCCUCCAGAGCCAGAGUCAGAUGAUGAAGAUGGGAUGCCCAAGAAGAGGUGGCCCACAGUGGAUGCUUCAUAUUAUGGAGGAAGAGGAGUGGGUGGCAUCAAACGCAUGGAGGUGCGCUGGGGAGAGAAGGGGUCCACUGAGGAAGGUGCUAAGCUGGACAAACCUAAAAAUGCAGUGGUGAAAAUGCCAGAGCAGGAAUUCGAGCCCUAUGAGCCCAAGCCUCGCAAACCACCCCGCCGCCCACCACAACAGAGGAGGUGGUACACACCCAUUAAGGGGAAGCUGGAUGCCCUGUGGGCUUUGUUCAGGAGAGGUUAUGACCAAGUGUCCCUGAUGCGGCCGCAGCCUGGAGACCAGGGUCGCUGUAUACGCUUCAACCGGGUGAAGGAGGAAGAGUCCAUCCCAGCUCACUCUCUUCCUCGCUCGCACCACACCCCCUCUCCUCCUCCCCCCUCUGAACAGCGACCUCUUGUCUCCUCCUCGGCCCCCAGCUCCAAACCGCCAUCCAGAGGCCCCCGUGCCACACCGCCCUCCCGCGCUCCCCCUCCGGUGGGUCGUUCACCCCCGGGACCGCCCCCUAACCGUGCACCCCCAGGGCCCCCGGGACCCCCUCCAUCUCGACCCCCACCCAGGCUGUGAUGAGAGAAAGAGAGCAUCC